AGUACGGGGAUUUUAGCUGGUAGGAUUUAAGAAAGGACUCGCUUCCAGGUGUCGCCGGAAGCAGUUUGAAGAUGGCGUCCUCCCAGCAGAACGCUCCGGCUGCAGUUCGCCGUCAGAAGCCGAAGCCAGAGAAUCGAGAUGAAUCAGAACUCCUCACUGUUCCCGAUGGUUGGAAGGAGCCAGCUUUUUCCAAAGAGGACAAUCCCAGAGGACUCUUGGAGGAGAGCAGUUUUGCAACUUUGUUCCCAAAAUACAGAGAGGCUUACUUGAAAGAGUGCUGGCCAUUGGUACAGAAAGCCUUGAAUGAACAUCAUGUUAAUGCAACUCUGGACCUGAUUGAGGGAAGCAUGACUGUCUGUACAACAAAGAAGACUUUUGAUCCAUACAUCAUCAUUAGGGCCAGAGACCUAAUAAAACUCUUAGCAAGGAGUGUUUCAUUUGAACAGGCAGUACGAAUUCUUCAGGAUGAUGUUGCAUGUGACAUCAUUAAAAUAGGUUCUUUAGUAAGAAACAAAGAAAGAUUUGUAAAAAGAAGACAACGGCUUAUUGGUCCCAAAGGAUCUACAUUGAAGGCAUUGGAACUCUUAACAAACUGUUACAUUAUGGUUCAGGGAAACACGGUUUCAGCCAUUGGACCUUUUAGUGGCUUAAAAGAGGUUCGAAAAGUAGUCCUAGACACUAUGAAGAAUAUUCAUCCAAUUUAUAACAUUAAAACCUUAAUGAUUAAACGAGAACUGGCAAAAGAUUCGGAGUUAAGAUCACAGAGUUGGGAGAGAUUUUUGCCUCAGUUCAAGCACAAAAAUGUGAAUAAACGCAAAGAACCAAAGAAAAAGACUACUAAGAAAGAGUAUACACCAUUCCCACCACCACAGCCAGAAAGUCAGAUUGAUAAAGAAUUGGCUAGUGGUGAAUACUUUUUGAAGGCAAGUCAAAAGAAGAGACAGAAAAUGGAAGCAAUAAAGGCUAAACAAGCUGAAGCUCUUAGUAAGAGACAAGAGGAAAGAAACAAAGCUUUUAUUCCACCUAAAGAGAAACCAGUUGUGAAACCUAAGGAAGCUUCUACUGAAACUAAAAUUGAUGUGGCCACCAUCAAGGAAAAGGUUAAGAAAGCAAAGAGUAAGAAACUGGGAGCUCUUACAGCUGAAGAAGUUAAGCUUAAAAUGGAAGCAGAUGAAAAGAAAAAGAAGAAAAAAAAGUAGCAAAGACCAAAGGCCAAAACUCCUGAACUAGAAUGUAUUAAGCUAUCUCCUUUUGUAAAGGAUUUUGAGAUACUAGGGCAUUAGUUGCCUAUCUGUGAAAGGUAAUACACUGAUCACAUUUUUCUGAGUUUGUUUUGUUCUUGAUAUAAAGUGUUUACAUAAACAGCUAUUCUUUAUAAAUUACUGCAUUCUCCAUAAUUUUUUUGAAAAAUUUUAUACAAGAAAGUGGUAUAAAUGUGUUUAUAUGCAUUGCAGCUAGUCUCUUCCAGGCAGGUUUUGUCUAAGAAUGAUUUUAGGAGUAAUUCUAUAUAGGUUGUAUUUUUGGGAAUAUGGCUAUUGUAAUUACCCAUCCAGUCCAGGUGUCUGAUGCCAGACAUUGGAUUUGAUAAAUAAUUUGGUUUUGUGGAAGAUAAUUUUUCAGUGCUUUAAUGAUAACACGUAAAUGUUUUUCUUUUUGCCCACACCCACAGCAUAGGGAAGUUCCUGGGCCAGGGAUUGAAUCCAAGCUGCAGCAACACUGGAUCUUGCUGGGCAGAGGAAUUUCAGCAACCUAAAACUGCUGUAGUCAGAUGGUUAACUCACGUACCACAGUUGAAACUCCCCUGUCUAUAAUCUCAUAAUCCAAAAAAGCAAGGCUUCUUAAAUUUUAUUCCUUAAUUACUAUUCCGUUCUGAAUCUGAGGAAGUUGUAAACCAGAAAGUCAUAAAAUUGCAGGAGAGAAGGGAAAACCAGAUAUUUAGAGUUGAAGCAGCAUGCAACAGAUUAUAGAAAUGUUUUGUUAAUAAGGUCCAGUGCAGUUACUUAUACUCACCUACCUAUUUCAAGAUUGACUUUACAUAUUUAGAAGCUGAAGAACACCAGGGUUUGAAAUCACAGCAGUGGCAGCCUAAAAACAAUGCUUUUUUAUACAGAGUGGGAAGUAACAAAGACGAGUUUAUCCUACAGUGUGGGAAGUAAUAAAGAUGAGUUUACCGUACAGUGUUACUAAAUUGAAGUUUCUUUUGAGUAAGGGUUUGCUGCAACAAUGUAAACAAUAUAUGUUCUCUCAAAAUUUUAAAAUAGAAAUACACCCACUUAUUAAAAAAAAGCCGUACAUGAGGGUUUUGUUUUUCCUUGAUUGUAUUAUUUGAGAACUAAAUGAGGGUAUUUAACCAAAAUGGUAAUUAUAACACUCAGUAAUAGGAUUGGUGGACUAACAAUGAGAAAAAGAGAUAGGUAUCUAUUACGUGGAAAUAUCAGCCAGUCUGGAAACACAACAGAAUAGUAACCUGUGAAACAAACAUAAAAAUAGCCUCUUAAAUAUUGUUCUUCAUGAUGCAGAAACAUUGCUUACAUAAAUCUUGAACAACUUAAGAUUUGUGUACAUACGUGUGACUUUGUCUCGUUUUGGGUUGGCUGUAAAGUCAGAGAAGA